ACUUAGUAUUCUUUCACUUUCUGAUGUUGGUUAUGAUAAAUACCAUUUCGCAUAUAAUAAUUUUAUAGUCUGUUAGUAUAGAUAGCUACUACCAUGGUUGAAACUAAAAGUGCUGAAGCCAUUUUACAGUAUAGAUUAAAUAACCGUAAUAGGAUGAUGUCCCCCCUCCCCCGGGGGAAAUCUUUUCUCUUGUGUGUAGGUGUAUAAAAACUCUUGCAUAAAUCAGUCCAUCAAAGUCAGCUUGUGUUAAUUUUUUUGUGAAGAUUGAAAUGCAUCAACUGGUUCUUUUUUCGUUUCUGUUCUUGGCUACAGCCUGGGGCCAUGAGGACACGCAAACGUGCUCCUCAAAUGUAGUCGUCAUGACAAGAGAAGACUUGGCUCAAGAAAUUCAGUCGAAAAUAAUGGCUGAAACUCCAAGCUCUAGUAUAUCGAAUUGCAAUAUCAGCACAACAAAAAUCACGGACGAAAUCUAUAAACGAAUUGUGAAGCUCGAUAAAGAGAAAUUGACUGGUUUGCAAGAAGCUUUGAACUGCCCUUGUGAUACAUAUGCCUCGUGUCAGGACAUUCUUGAGAGGGACAGCAGUAGUCCAUCCGGUUAUUACUGGCUGCAGACAUCAAGCACUUCUGCUGAAAAGGUAUAUUGUGAUAUGAGUAGGAUUUGUGGAAAUGUUAGAGGUUGGAUGAGACUCACACAGCUUGAUAUGACUGAUCCAAGAAGCCAGUGUCCUGAUGGUUUUUAUGCUGCUGAACACAACAACAAGACUCUCUGUGCAACUACCUUCACACAUGGGGGCUGCGAAUCAGUGCAUUACUCAACAGGUGGUGUACAAUACAACCAAAUUUGUGGUAGAGUUAUUGCUUACCAGAAAGGAUAUACAAACGGCAUUCGUUUUGGACGGAUUACAAACAAUUACGUAGAUGGAGUUAUCGUCUCUCAUGGACCUAACAGUGAUAAGCACCAUAUUUGGACCUUUAUAACUUCUUUAGAUGAAACUAGAGGCAACUAUUGCCCUUGUAUCAACCGAAACAAUCGAGGUAGUGCUCCACCAAGUUUUGUGGGCUUGGACUAUUUCUGUGAUACUGGAACGAAGAAAUAUCAGAAUUAUUACGACAAUUUCAAGGUGUUCACUGAUAAUCCACUAUGGGAUGGAGCUGGGUGUGGUCCAAACAAUGAGUGCUGUACAUUCAACUCCCCCCCGUGGUUCUACAGAAAACUGCACUACAAGACGUCAGAUAGCCUUGAAAUGAGAGUCUGCAGAGGUGGAACUACUCUAGUCGAGGACAUUCUUGUUGAGAAAAUCGACUUUUAUGUUCGUUGAGGAUUAUGACUGACUACAUGUAGCUCCUAUACGUAGUUCAUUGUUUUGCUGAUGGACAUGUAUAAUGCGUACAUGUAAUAUUACAGUAUUAUAUGGUAUACUUAUGGUUAA